AUGAUGUCGCGAAGCCAGUCAAGUCUGGGCUAUAUGGACAGCGGCCGAGAGGAUUCGGCCGCAGGUGUCUCCCCAUCCAUGAACCAACAAUCUGCCUCCGGGCCUAUCAACCUCUCAGGCCUGGUGUGCAACGUGCGACGAACGACCGGCAAGGAGCCUCACCCCCUGGUGGGUGCGACGACGACAAUCUUGGGCGAUAAGCUAUAUGUAUUUGGAGGCCGGAUCCUCUCACGCAGCCGCCCACACUUGACGUCGGAUUUAUACGAGUUGGACUUGAUCAGGCGCCAUUGGACGAAAAUUGAGCCUGCUGGAGAUGUUCCUCCCCCACGCUACUUUCACAGUGUGUGCGCUCUAGGUGAUAAGAAGUUGGUAUGCUACGGUGGUAUGUCACCUGCGCCGAGUGCGCCCAAGGAUCCCGAGAACCCCGACUCGCAGACACAGUCUGAGGUCGUGGUCAUGUCGGAUAUUCAUAUAUUUGAUGUCCCGUCGCGGGCUUGGACUCGUGUCGCCGCCCAUGAGUCUCCACAGGGGCGAUAUGCACACUGCGCUACGAUACUUCCGUCGAGCGCUUGCUUUACUUCUGCCAGUGCUCCCCUAUCUGCCAUUCACCAUAAUCCCGAAACCUCGUCCCAUCAAGGAACUCUUGGCGUGGACAUUGAUGGAUUUGGAGGUGCUGAGAUGGUCGUUGUUGGCGGACAGGACAGUUCCAACCACUACAUUGAACAAAUCAGUGUCUUCAAUCUGCGGAGUCUGAAGUGGACCAACACUAGCCCCCUGGGAAGGAGCUGCGGCGCUUAUCGCAGUGUUGUGGCUCCCUUGGUUGGUAUGGAUGUGUCCGAAAUCGGAUCCUCUGCCCCUGAUCGGGACAUGCAUGAACCGAUCCAGGACAGUAGUGAGUCUCCCGGCUGUCCUAUGCUGAUCUAUUCCAACUACAAUUUCUUGGAUGUCAAGCUGGAGUUGCAGGUGCGCCUGCCGGACGGGCGCCUUGUUGAGCGACCCAUGCAGAGCCAAGCCUCUCCUCCGGGGCUACGUUUCCCGAAUGGUGGUAUCAUCAAUGGCCACUUUGUUGUUAGUGGUACCUAUUUGACUUCUUCGAAGCAAGAAUAUGCGCUGUGGGCUCUUGACCUGAAGACAUUGACCUGGGGCCGUAUCGAUGCCGGGGGCUCUGUCUUUGGACAGGGCAGUUGGAACCGAGGAGUUCUCUGGCCUCGGCGUAACUCAUUCGUAAUCCUUGGUCACCGGAAGCGAAGCCUUGUCGAUGAUUACAACCACCGACGUAUCAAUUUCUCGCACGUCUGUCUGGUUGAGCUAGAGGCAUUUGGUCUCUACAACAACCCCUGCCGUACUGCUCCAACCUCUGGGUAUAAGUCCUAUAGCUCUUCUACUGUCCCGGCGUCUCUCCAGAAGAAGCUGGUCCAGUUGACGUCAGGGGGAAGACCUUUGUCUGCUGCAUCAGACGAGCUAGGUAGACUUGCUCAAUCGUUGCCGGAGAUGGCCGACAUGGAGCUGCAGGCCAUGGGAGGCGAGCGUAUCUCCGUCAAUUCUCGUGUGUUGACCAGGAGAUGGGGUCCUUAUUUCAUUCAACUUCUACGCGAGUCGUCAGAAGGAGGAAUUGCAGAUACUGCAACCCUUCGCCCGGGUUUCAUUCACCCCAGUCGCAACUCCAGUAUCACCAUCACGCCUUCAGUAGGCCACAACAGUACAUACUCAGAUGCUACAACCCUUGUCAACCAAGGCGCACCUCCCAAGUCCCUGCUUGAGAACCUUGAAGCUCCUUCAGCUCACUCCCUUGCCCCAACCUCCCGACCUCGUGUGCUAUAUCUCCCCCACACCAUCUUGACUCUUCAAGUUCUCGUGCAAUACCUCUACACGGCAGCUCUCCCUGCACCAGGCUCUUCACUGUGCACGCCGCAAAUUCUCUGUUCGCUCCUCCAGCUAGCCCGUCCUUAUCAGAUAGACGGGCUUCUGGAAGCCACCGUCGAAAGGCUCCACCAAGUCCUAGACGGACGCAAUGCCGCAGCUGUCUUCAACGCAGCCGCCAUGGCAGCCGGCGGUGGUCGAGGAACCGGAUUCACCGGUGGACCAGGCGGCACGCUCGAAGCUCUAAACGGCGCCUACUCCGGCCGCAACGGCUCUACCCAUACAAAUGGCGAAAGCAGCAACUCCCACGGCCCUCUGGCAUCCAACUCAUCGGACACAGAGCAUGGAGCUUCCGCAUCAGCAAACAGCAGCUCAGGCGACCUCACAAACUUCGCCCGUGGCCUCCCCUCUCUCCGCAUCGACACCAACGUCUCUCAACACUCGCGCCAGCGCAGCCACCGCGACCGCGAAGACUCCAUCAGCAAUUCCAGCACAGCUACAUCCGUUUCAAGCGCCAGCUUCAGUCAGUCAGACUCGGAGUGGGUUAGCGGCGAUGAAAGCCGUUCCCAAUCUCGCCACCACCGCCGUGGCACAGAUGCAGAUAUGCAUCGCCCACAGCGCGAACUUUGGACCGGUGAUCUGAGCAGUGUUAUUGGUCUUCAGAAGCGUGGUUUACGUGGUCUCAUGGAGGGUCGUCGGAUGCGUGAGCGUAGCACAAAGCCUGCUAGCACUAGCAGUGCUUCGACGUCUAUUCCGGCGUCGGCGGUUUCCGGUGAACAUUACAUCCCUAUCCAGGGUGUUGCUAGCUGA